GUUGUUUCCACCCUAUCCUAUUCUCAUAUUCAGGUGAUUUUAGCGAAUUAGGGUUUGAAAUCAAUCGAGAUAACCCUGCGCCUACUUUCUCUCCGGGGGGAUUUUCGGAUUUGGUUUAUGGCGUGAAGGCCGUAGGAAGGCAUGCUUUCUGUGGUCUGACUCGUAUAUUUUAAGUUGGUAGGGUUUCGAUUUUUUUUGCAUCUGAUAUCAGUGAUGAACGAUAAUGAUAAACUCGAGAGAAGAUCAGAUGCCUUAGAAGAUUCUGUAGAGAAUGACGGUGUUCAUGAAAUCGGUGCUGGUAAUCCCAACGAGAGGUCUUCGAACCUUCAAGCCGCCGACCAAGUUCGGAAUCCUUCGUUCGAGCUCGGCUCGGGAGCUUCGGCUAGCGAUGGCGAUAAUAGGCCUUCGCGAAAUGUGAAAUCUGAGAAGCCAGCUGUCAGUUCGAUGGAAAAGUUUAGGGUUAGGGUUCGCACAGAUGGUGGUGAUGGGGGAUCCAUGGUCUCUGCGGUUAAGCAUGUUGCAUCAACUGUUGAUCGGUUUGACGAUUCUCUCACUGGACGCGAGGCUCAGAAUGAGCAAUUUAAGAAUUACACUGAUUGCUCUCACGCCCGGCAUGAUCGAGAAGAGCAUAUUAACAGCAGGCAAGCAGAUGCAGAGAGGUUUAUUGGUUCCGAGAGCAAAUCUCUGUUAUCUGAGUUUGAUGAUUACGUUGCUGCUGAAAGAAAUGGCGGAGUGAAAGCUGGAGUGUCUAGGGGUCUAGGAUAUGGUUUUGAAGUGGGUGAUAUGGUGUGGGGAAAAGUGAAAUCCCACCCUUGGUGGCCGGGACACAUAUAUAAUGAAGCUUUUGCGUCUCUUCUAGUACGUCGAUCGAAGAGAGAAGGCCAUGUAUUGGUGGCUUUCUUUGGUGAUAGCAGUUAUGGUUGGUUUGAGCCAGCUGAGCUUAUCCCAUUUGAUUCAAAUUUUGCUGAGAAAUCACAGCAGAUACAAUCGAGAACAUUUUUAAAGGCCGUGGAAGAGGCAGUUGAUGAAGCAAGCAGGAGAUGUGGCCUGGCCUUCGCUUGUAAAUGCAGGAACGCUAACAAUUUCCGUCUCACAAAUGUUCAAGGGUACUUUUCUGUCGACGUGCAGGACUAUGAACCAGGGGGGGUCUAUUCUGAUAGUCAGAUCAGGAGGGCAAGAAAUAAUUUUAAGCCUCUUGAAACUCUUGCUUUUGUAAAGCAACUGGCGUUGGCUCCCCUUGGUGGCGACCAAGGAAGCAUGAACUUUAUUAAGAACAGGGCUACAGCUUUUGCCUAUCGAAGGGCAGUGUUUGAGCAAUAUGAUGAGACAUAUGCGCAGGCUUUUGGAGUGCAGCCACAGCGGCCUCCUCAUUCUCAGGUUAAUCCACGAAAUCAACCUAUGAGGGAGCCUCCUAAAGCGCCUUUGAGUGGUCCAUUGGUGAUGGCUGAAACUUUGGGUGGGGGAAGGAAUUCUGCAAAAUCUGGGAAAGUUAAGGACAAUUCAAAGAAGGAUAGAUACCUUUUUAAGCGGAGAGAUGAGCCUGCGAACUCUGUUCAGUUAGCUUACAAAGAGGAGGCACCUGAUGCAGCUGGCCAUUAUGUAUUUCAGAAAAGGGCUCCCCCUGUGUCUGCAGCACCUCAAAUUUUGGACAAACAUGAAAUCACAGGGUUCAUUUGCCAGGGUGGUGCAAAUUCAACUUUAGAUCUUAAAGAAGCUGUGACAGAUCAGGCUCAACUUGGCAAUGAUCUCACAUCCCAAUCUGUAUAUGCAGAUGCAAAGCCAAGUCUUGAGAAGGGAAAGGACGAGCUUUCUCAAGAAAUGGUCAGGAGUUUUGAGAAGGACGUUGUAAGUAAAAGCAGGGGUGCGUUGGAUUUUUCUACAGAGACUGUAGUGUCAAGCCUCAUUAGCGAGGCAUCUGAGCCUUCUCAUUUGGUAGGUGAAAUUUCCCUCAAUGUUAAACAUGAAGGGAAUGUAAAUCUCUUAGGACCACCUGAUGAAUUUCAGCCAUCAGAGCAGGAAAUUAAGACUGCUGCUGAAGCAGGCAAUGGCCCAAGUCAAGUUAAGGAGACUCUGCCAACUGAAAAAAAGCAUCCCACGGUCAAUGAUGAUGGUAUGUUGAAGAAGGUAAAAGGCCAUAAGCGACCUUCAGAUGACUUGAACUCUGAGCAUUCUGCUAUUGGGGAGAAAAAGAAAAAGAAAAAGAAAAAAGACCCAAGUUUAGGAACAACCUCUGAUCAUCUAGAGAAACUUGCAAUGUCUGGAAAAGUUGUACCUCCAUCUGGAAAACUGAUAGGAAAACCAGUUUCUGUUGGGUUGGUUCCUAGGGAGGAAGUUCAGGCAGGACAAGCACAGAUGGAUGUUAGUGUCAAUAAUUUGCUUCCUUCAGACGGCAGAGGUGAAGUUAAUUAUGAAUUACCCCAACUUUUGAGCGAUCUGCAAGCUCUUGCCUUAGAUCCUUUUCAUGGUGUUGAAAGAAGGACACCUGCAAUUGUUAGACGGUUUUUUCUGCGGUUCAGGUCUCUUGUUUAUCAGAAAAGCUUGGUUUUGGCACCUCCAUCAGAUAAUGAAUCUCUUGACAUUCGCCAUGCUUCACCAGUUGUAAAACCUGAUAGCCCUCUUGAUGAUCAUGUCAGAGCUUCGCCACUUGUAAAACCUGUAAAACAUGUUCGACAAGAUGAUCCAACAAAAGCUGGGCGGAAAAGGACCCCAUCAGAUCGCCAAGAAGAAAUUGCUGCAAAGAGAUUAAAGAAAAUCAAGGAAAUUAAGGCUCUGGCAGCAGAGAAAAAGGUGGUCAGUCAGAAAACUUCUGAAGCCCGGCGAGGAGAGGGCAAAGAGUCCUUGGUUUCUACUGCACCCAAGUUAGUGAAACCAGAUCUAAUCAAGAAGAAAGUGGAAUCUUCGCCUAAGGCCAUUGAACCCACCAUGCUGGUGAUCAAGUUUCCGCCCCAAACUUCACUUCCAUCUGUUGCAGAGCUGAAGGCAAGGUUUGCUCGUUUUGGGCCCAUAGAUCAAUCAGGGCUCCGUGUGUUUUGGACAACUUCAACAUGUCGUGUUGUGUUCUUGCGAAAGAAUGAUGCUCAAGCUGCAUAUAAAUAUGCUGUAGGCAACAAUUCCUUGUUUGGCAAUGUGGCUGUAAGGUGCCACCUCCGAAAAUUAGGGGAUUCUGCAGCGGAUGACUCUGAAGUUGCCAAAGUGAGGGGAGGAGAUGAUAGCACUAUUUUGACUCCUCGUGCCAAGGAUCCUGCGGUGGUUCAGAGACAAACUUCAGUGUCAUCUCAGCAACCUCUUCCACAGCCAACGAUCCAGCUUAAAUCUUGUCUGAAGAAAUCCUCUGGUGAUGAGUCUGGCCAGGUAACUGGUAAUGGAGGUAGUAAUAAAGGGACACCACGUGUAAAAUUCAUGUUAGGCGGGGAAGAAAAUAGUAGGGGGGAGCAAUUAACGUUGAGUAGUAGGAACAACUUCAACAGUGCUAGUUUGGCCGAUGGUGGUGCGCCUUCGUCUGUUGCAAUGGAUUUUAAUAGUAAGAACGUUCAAAAGUUCAUUACUCAACCACCGUUGCCUAUUCCUCCCUUUCCUACUCAGUAUACGAAAGUCCCCCAACAUAAUUUGCAUAAUUCUGAAAUGGCACCCAGAAAUACUUCCAAUAUUAUUAACGCAACUGCAUCAGUUACUGCAAACACAGUUGAUAUAUCACAGCAGAUGAUAAGCCUCUUGACUAGGUGCAACGAUGUUGUGACCAGCUUGACUGGUUUAUUAGGCUAUGUGCCUUAUCAUCCACUUUGAUAAAAAUGGCACUAUAUUCAACGGUACACAUAAUUGAAGAUAAAUACGAGCGAGUUUGAUUGGGGAUGAAUUGCCCUGGCAAGGGGAAAUGCGACAAAUACAAUCAUGGCUAAGGAUGCGGGGUUCCUAUAUUUGGGGCCAAGAGCGAGCUGUUCAAGAGUGUGGCUUAUUUAAGCCUUUUGGGCUCAACAGUGUAAACGUAUUCAGCAUGACAGUGAGAUCUUGUUUGCUUUCUGCUGCCUUGCCAUUUUUUCCUACUUAAUUUUCUUACAUGUCCCCAUGCUCUUUGGGGCCCUCCCUUCGCCGUGGUUUCUGGUCUUGAUGCGUUACGCUUGAGUAUGACAUAUUGCGAUAUCCUGUGAUAGUUUUUCUAGUAGUGCUGGACUAAUGGUUUCACAUUUUCGUUUUGUAGUUGUUUAUUAAAAGGGAAAGAAACAAGCAGUAGAAUCCAAUGUGUUUGGCAUGAGAA